CGCAGUCUCAGUCGCGGUAUCGAGCGCCGGUACGUCAGUGUUCAUUGUCAAGCAGUUGUCAGUUGUCAGCGGCGGCGGGUUGACGCGUGUGUACCAAGUGAUCAGUGCGCGGAGUUUUAACUAUGGCUCUGCUACGUCGGCUGGCUGUAAAUGCGCCCCGAGGCGUCCGAGUCCUGUCCACGCCGCCGCCUUCCCGCGACGAACUCGACUUAUCCUUCAAUAGUCCCAAAGACGCAUUCAAAAGCAAAAAAACCAGCGAACUAGUCCGGGCGUAUCUCGUCUAUCAAAUAUGCUCGAUCAACUGGAUUGUCGAGAACAACGAUAUGUUGAUGAAGAGUCUGCGUCAGAUGGUGGGACAAAGGCUCUUCGAGGCUAUAAUGAAGGCUACCUUCUACGGGCAGUUUGUGGCCGGCGAAGAUCAAAACAAGAUUCGUCCUACUCUUGAGAGAUUGCGCUCGUUCGGAGUGAAGUCGAUUCUUGAUUACUCCGUAGAAGAGGAUCUUUCACAGGAGGAAGCUGAGAAGCGAGAAGUCAGCGCGUCGAUCUCAACGUGCGGGGACACACAGGAAGAGGGGCAACUUAAGCAGUACCAUGUGGAACAGCGAUUCGCUGACCGCAGAUACAAGGUGACCAGCGCCAGGACAUACUUCUACCUGAACGAGGCUGCCUGCGAGAAGAACAUGGAGGCAUUCAUGAGGAGCAUCGAUGCCGUUGCUGGAAUAACGAAAAGCACUGGCCUAAUGGCUGUCAAAUUGACGGCUCUCGGAAGACCUCAAUUAUUGCUACAACUGUCGGAGGUGAUUAUGCGUGCGCGUAGCUAUAUGCACCAAAUCGCUGGUGGAACAGGCAACGUGUUGACCCACCACAAAACUAUCGAGGACCUGCAAAGGUAUCUCGGUGACCUUAGCUCCAAGCCGGAAGUUCAGGAGUUCAUGAAGAAGAUCACUUCGGAUAAGGAGGGUAUUGUCCAUUUGUUUCCAUGGUCAAACAUCUUGGACGAGGACAUGGGCCUGUCUGACUCCUUCCGAGUUCCGGACCCGAAGACCGGUCAGAUGAGACGGCUCAUCUCCCAGAUAUCCCCCAAGGAAGAGGAGAUGUUCAGGAAUAUGUUACGGAGACUUAAUAAUAUUAUCAAAGUCGCCAAUGAGUCAGAUGUUAGAAUAAUGAUUGAUGCUGAACAGACAUAUUUCCAGCCUGCAAUUUCAAGGAUCUGUUUGGAAAUGAUGAGGAGAUACAAUAGGAAUAAGUUCCUAGUUUUCAACACAUACCAAACCUACCUGAAGAAUACUUAUAACGAAAUCGUCACCGAUCUGGAGCAAGCGCAGCGACAGAACUUCCACUGGGGAGCGAAGCUGGUCCGAGGGGCUUAUAUUGAACAGGAGCGCGCGCGCGCGGCGGCGAUGGGCUACGAGGACCCGACGUGCGACAGCGUGGCCGCCACCACCGACUCCUUCCACCGCUGCCUCAAGGAGAUCCUCGGCCGGGUCAAGACUGAGCCCAACGGCGAUCGCUUGGGUAUAAUGGUGGCGUCUCACAACGAGGACACGGUCCGCUACGCCAUCCAGCUGAUGAAGGAACACGACAUCAAGCCCGGAGACAAGGUGGUCUGCUUCGGCCAGCUGCUCGGCAUGUGCGACCACAUCACCUUCCCACUCGGCCAGGCAGGGUAUUCCGCGUACAAGUACGUCCCGUACGGGCCAGUGGUGGAGGUGCUCCCCUACCUGUCCCGUCGUGCCAACGAGAACCGCGGCUUCCUCGUCAAGAUCAAGAAGGAGAAGGGGCUGCUGUUAAAGGAGAUCGCCCGUCGGCUCUUCACCGGGCAACUAUUCUACAAGCCGGUCGGAAAUUACACGCCAGUCUAAAUCGAAACGUGCUCCGUCGUGUUAAAGUCCAUUUCGAAUCGCCACGAUUCCGGUCGCAUGAGGCGCCUCCGCCAUCUUGUGACAGCUGUUUGUAAACGUUGUUCGAAUAUGUUAUUUGUACGUUAGCUAACUUAUUGUAAUUGAAUUAGGAAUUAUUAAAUAUCUAAGGACUCGAAUCUGUGCAGAUAAUAAAUGCACGAUAGACAACCGUCAGACGUUCCUGUGUCGAUGUCAUCGGAUUGUUUUCAAUAGGACGCGACUUAAUUUAUAAAAUAUUGGGGAAACUUGAUUUAAAAAAAUAUUAUAAAAUCCUGCUGAUGGGAACUCAUUUAAAAGAGUUAGCGAUUUCUACGAUAAAAAUGUUUGUGUGUAAUAUUUGUUUUUGUUGGCGUAUAUACAGUAUUGUUAUGAAUAGUAUUAAUCAUAGACAAUGGCUUUAUAGGAUCAUAUUUUUUAAAAGCUAGUCGUUUUUAAAUAAUCGUGCUUUGAAGUUGUUUUUUGAAAGCAUUUUCAAAUGUUUCGGUUUAUAAAAAUAUUUAUGUAUAUUUGUGUUCGAGUAUUUUUUUUUUAAAUUAAUAAGUCGAUCGUAAUAUAAACGUUCGAAAUCUGAAAUUUUUAAUUUGAGAUUUUUUUAAUCUACUAAGAUAUUGUACAAUUGACAAUAUUUCAUUGGCUGUUAAUUUUAUUUUUAGUAAGUUUUAACCGAAGAUUAUCGGCUGUAUCAGUAAUGUAUUACAUUAGCCCAUUUUAGUUUUAAAAAACAAAUACUAUAAUAUUUUUAAUAUCUGGAUAUGACAGUGACUGAUGAGGUUAUUGACCUUGAAACGGAGGCCAUAGUCAUAAAUAAUAGGCCUUAAAAUAGCAGGUUUAAAGGUCCAUAAGAUUCCCGAAAAAAUGCAUUUCACGAAAUAUUGAAGUCGAUACAUUUUUUAGCAUUAUAAAUUACAAAAGGUUCAUAUUGAAUGACCUAGGAGUAUGAAUUGCUUAUAAUUUACUUUGACAGUUUAAUGACGUAAUUCUUAUAUAUAUGAAAACGGGUUUUUGUGUCAUACGUCUUUCGUUUCCUUGAAAAAAUAAUGACGGUAAAUAUAAAAAGUUUAUAUAUUAUUAUUUUCUUAAAAUAUUUUAUUAAUUCGUUUUUGUCUAUGUACCUACGUGAUUUUAAGUUUAUUUAAAUAAUGAUAUUUUAUAUCUCGACGCGUUAUACCCAAUAAACGUCUUAAACAAAGUGAGAUGAGUGUCUCUUUUCAUUCAGUAGCGUUUGAUCCUACAGCUCAUUCGUCAUUCAGUGAAUAUACUUAGUUCGUCGUGUUUAAUAAUUGAACAAAUCAUACGACUAGGUGCUUAAUACCGAAAAACGAAAACAAUCGAUUCACAUUUAUUUAUAUAAAUUCAAUUGCUGUCAUUCAUUGAUAUUCUUUAAUAUUUAAUCUGUACCAAUAAAUCUUUAAGAAAGUUACGUCAAAAUGACAAUACGGAAGUAUUGCCAUUGUCAUAUUCAGAAUAUUUUUUCGCUUUACCUCGGUCGAUUACUUCGUUUAUUAAUUUUUUACUUUUGGUUAUAGUUUAGUUCGUAUAAAACAUCAAUAAUUGCAAUGACAAAAUAUAAAUGUAUUUUCAAACGGGAAUUCGAUUUUAUAAAAAAAAAAAAAUGUUUCUAAAAAGUUUCCAUAACCAGCGAGUUGAGAUAUUUUAUAUAUACGAUGUCGACUUAUUGUAUCAAAAUUCGUUUUGUAAUCAAUAAAAGACUACCGAAGCGUAUUUAGUUGAAGGAAUACAAAAUAUUGUGUCAUUACCAAUCCUCUGAUAAUGGCAAAAAUUAACUAAUCGUGCAUUUUUUAAUUACAAAAAUAAUUGUAUUUAAUAACGCUAUGGUUGCGUUGCGUUAUUAAAUGAUGAUUUUUUUAUAUACUACAUGUUUUUAUAGCGUUUUAAAAACAUUCAAUACGGAAGACAAUAAUAUAUUUAACUUUGAACCAUUUGUAUUAUCAGAUAUUUUACGAGCAAGAUCACCUAUUUGUAUUAGUAAAGGUCAUUUUAGCACUAGAGUCUAGCUGUUGUCUUGCAUUAAUGUAAACGUUAGUUUAUAGUAAUAAAAAAGAUAAAGCGCUUUUUUAGCUUAAAGUUAAAAGAGUUAGAUUGGACUUAGUGCGCGACAUGUAUUACGAAAUAUAAAGUCGAUUGUCCACCAAAUGGUUAUCUCUAUACGUAGCGAUAAAAUAAUAACGUAUAACAUGCUUAUAUUAUGUAUUAGCAAUUGUGUUAGAUAUUCUUGAUAAUAAAUUAAUAGGUCCGCUAUAAAUACAGUAGUACCGCAGUUAUGGUUACAUUAAAAAUAAAGUUUAGGAAUAUUCAACCCUAUCUCAUAAAAAACAGUUUGAUUGUUGAUUAAAUUUAAUGAGUCACUGUUGUCUAUUUGUACAAAACUUGUAACCGACAUUAAUUUGAAGGAUGAGUAAGCCAGUUAAAUUACUUAAGCGGUACAUUGAUCCCGUGGAUAGUGUAAAGCGUUGUAUACUUUUGCAUUGAGCGAAGGACCACUUACCAACAACAUGGCGGCCGCUUGUUAAUUUCUACACCAGGUUAGACUGCUGAAGUCGUUAAUAUUGAUAAAUGAAACAUAGAGAUAGACCGGGCUUGGCAUGGCACACUUUUAAAGAUGCAUUUUUUGUUAAUUAAUUGGUAUUAUUUAGUCAAUAUGUUUUGAAAUUAUUGGUAUUUAAAUUAUUAUAAAAAAAUUGUACAACAUAACCAGCGCCAUUGUUAAUUUAACAAUAUCUUGUAUAUCUGUCGCAAGCGUACAUAUGAAUAUUUCGCGUCGUAUGUGGAUGCCGCUCAAGGGUGUCAAUUAAACUAUUGUGUUUUUCUUUUAUAAUCCGGGAAAGAUAAAUAUUAAAAAAAAAAACAAUUUAAUCGAUUCUUUAAUUGAAUAUCUUUCGGUUAUAUUUCGAAAAAUAACGGUAAUAGUCCUAAAAAAUAUUUGCAUAAACAUUCAAUAUGGAUAUCAAUGUCCAUUGCUUCCCAAAACGAAAACUUUGGCUCACACAUUACAGUUGAAAAAAUAUCUACAUUAUUGCAUUUCUUAUUUCGAAUACUUAUGGCCGGUCUCUAUAUUUAACGAAUCGUUAUUUCAAUCAUCAACUGAUCGUUUUCGAAUUACGAGCAACGUUAAACGCGAUUUCGAAACGUUUUUUAUUGUGACGCUUUUGAAUUACAUUAUAAAACUCGUAAGCAAAACAGAUCGUUUCUUGAAUAUAGCAACCGGAUAUAAUCAGCGGAAUGUAUUUCUAUGAAAUAGGACACCAACAACGGUGAAUUGUAUUAUAUCGAGUGAUCUUUAUUUAAUACUUAAGAAUGGUUCACUAUGUUGUAUUAUUUACUGUUUUUUUUUUUUUUUUUUUAAUAUUUUCAUUUCACUAGACUCUUGCAGGUUAUGCUCAAUUAAAACCUAAUGGGCUUUUGUUUACGUAAAAUUAAAUUAAAGUCACAACAAUAUUCUAUGGCGAUUUAUCUUAUAUUGCUCACACAUAAAUUAUGAAUGUUUAUUUCUAGGACUUCUUGUAUCAUGUGUUGUAAGUUUCAAUUAGUUCCUACAUAAAUAUGCUAUUUUAAUUAAAUUAUUUUAAAUUUAAUUUACCUCAAACAAUGCUUCGUACACUAUUCCCAUUAUUAAUAAACGUUGUAUUACGGUUGUAUAGCUUCUCUUCUUUCGAAUAUCAAAUUAUUGAUGACAGAAAGAGAUGAAUAUAUAUUAAACUUUGCACCUGUAUACAACGUUUAUUAGUAAGGCUGUGAAGUUGAAGCAUUGAAUUACACAUUUUUAAUUACGAUUAUUUAUUUAUGUGUUUUUUUAUAUUUUUUUUCGUGUUAAUUUAAUUUAUAAGCGGUUUAUUAAAGUAUCUGCGCUAUUAAUUGUGAUGCUAAUUUAGAUAUUUUACAAGUAGACAUCUGAAUAAAGACAAACUUAAAGUUU